AUGUCGCAUCGUUCAGCACUUGCUCAGCUGCGAGCUCAACGAGCUUCCGGCAAGUCAAGACUCGAUUCCUACCAGAUCGAAGACCAAGGCGCUAUUUACGACGAGGUCGAUGAAGAUGGUUACAAGAAAGUCGUGCGAAGUCGCCUCGACAAGGACGACUUCGUCGUUGACGACAACGGGGAAGGUUAUGCAGACGACGGUCGAGAAGAAUGGCAAAAUGAACGGCAAUACUACAGUAGUGACGAUGCUGAGGAGCUUCCACUGAAGGGGAAAGCUGCAAAGCGCAAACGCGACGAAGAUCGCGAGAAGGAAGAUCGCACCAACCACAAGAUUCUCAACUACUUCAACAACGGCCCCGUCGCAGCAGCUCCCAAGCCUAAGAUCCAAACCACUGCCGAAGACGAAGCUUUCAUGGCCGAUCUUCUUGGAGAAGUCGACGCCAAUAUCCUAUCUACUCGCACGUAUCCAGCGAAGCCAGUCAAGUCUGAAAAUCGACGCAAAGUCAGGGUGCUCUCCCCUCCACCUUCCCGCGAACAACCUCGACAGAAGUACCAAGCCCCGCCUACCGAGCUGGUCGACACUCCUCCCCCGCAGCCUGUACAAGAAGAGGACGACCAUAUGCCAACCUUUGAUGACGACAAUAUCAUGAGUGACCCGCUUCCUUCCUCUCCAGUCGUCAAAGCUGUAGAGCGCAGGACAAAGGUGCAGAUCAAAGAGGAGGACGAGGAUGAAGAUGUCAUGGAUGUUGCUCAAGUUUUUGGCCAUGAAGCUGCUCAGUCAACGAGUAUCAACAUGACUGGCAGCAGACCGCCGCCAAAGAUCAAGUCUCCACAGCUUCCAACGCCUCAGAGCUCAUCCCCGCCAUUGGCCCCAGUCAAUGAAGUCGACGCUUCGUCAUGGAACAAGAUCACUAGCAAGCUGAAUAUCCAGAGUAGUCCAUCUUCGGAAGCUCGCACCUUCGGCAAGAUGAAGCCUCAAGAUGCUGUUGAAGAGGAUGGCAGUCUGCGUAUGUUCUGGCUCGACUAUACCGAGGUCAAUGGCAGUCUUUGUCUCUUUGGGAAGGUCAAGGACAAGACUAGCGGACAGUACCGUAGCGCAUUUGUCAAGGUCGACAAUGUCCUCCGCAAGCUGUUCUUCCUUCCGAGAAAGUACAAGGUUGUCAAUGGCCGAGAAACUAGCGAAGAGGUCGAGAUGGACGAUGUGUAUGGCGAAGUCGAUUCGUUGAUGUCCAAAAUGAAGGUUUCCACCAGAAAGGUCAAGCCAUGUACAAGGAAGUACGCAUUUGAGCUCCCUGAUGUCCCGAAGGAAGCCGAAUACCUCAAGCUUCUCUACCCCUACGACAAGAACCCGCUACCAAUGGACCUACAAGGAGAGACAUUUUCCCGUGUAUUUGGCACGAACACGGCCUUAUUCGAACAGUUCGUGCUAUGGAAGAACAUCAUGGGCCCAUGCUGGUUGAACAUUGAAGAUGCCGACUUCAGCGCGGUCAAUAAUGCUUCGUGGUGCAAGCUGGAAUGUGCUGUCACCAAACCGGCCAACAUUACCGUCCUGAGCAACUCCGAGACCCUCGAAGCUCCACGCCUUACAUUGAUGUCUCUGGCGUUCCGGACUCAACUCAAUAUCAAAGAGAAUAAGCAGGAAAUCUUGAUUGCGAGUGCUCGAGUCUACGAGAACGUCUCCCUGACUGACACUACCCCUCCGGAAGAAAUGCCCUCUCGUACAUUCACAGUGAUGCGACCAUCCGGAUCUGCUUAUCCGGUCGGCUUUGAAGCUGAAACCAAAAAGCAGAACGACACGUUCAUGCUUGAGAAGACGGAACAGUUUCUUCUUAGCAAGUUCCUCGCACUUUUCGAAAGGGUUGACCCGGAUGUUCUGAUGGGCCACCAACUGCAAGAAGUCGAUUACAGCAUUCUCCUCAGCCGCUUGAAAGAGAAGAAAACUCCAGGGUGGCACCGGAUCGGUAGAUUGAAACGAGGAGAAUGGCCAAAGUCCUUUGGGAGAGGCGCCACAUUCUUCGCCGAGAGACAGCUACUGGCAGGGCGUCUCAUGUGCGAUCUGGCAAACGACAUGGGCAAGUCAUUAAUGACCAAAUGUCAACAAUGGAGCUUGACAGAGAUGUGCGAUCUCUAUCUCGGACCAGACAAUCGUCGCCGUGAGCUAGACAAUGAAGCAGCCCUCAAGACGUGGGCAACCACUCGCGAUGGCUUGCUCAACUACGUCACUCAUUGUCACGCUGACACUUUUUUCAUCGCGGCCCUUGCUCUGAAACUGCAAAUGCUGCCAUUGACCAAAGUUCUCACGGAACUUGCUGGGAACUCGUGGGCUCGUACUCUAAGCGGUACACGAGCUGAACGGAACGAGUACAUUCUGCUCCACGAGUUCUACCGCAACAAAUACAUCUGUCCCGAUAAGGAAUAUGGCAAAGGUCGUGCAAAACAAGCGCAGGAAAAUGAGGACGAAGACGAUGGAGCUGACACCAAAAAGAAGGACAAGUACAAAGGUGGCCUUGUCUUUGAGCCCGAGAAGGGUCUGUACGAUAAGUUCAUCCUUGUGAUGGACUUCAACAGUCUGUACCCCAGCAUCAUUCAAGAGUACAACAUCUGUUUCACCACUGUAGAUCGAUCAGCUACCGCCGAGAAUGAGAACGAAGAGAAGGUACCAGAGAUCCCGGUCGAUCAACCACAAGGCAUCUUACCAAAGCUCAUCGCCAACCUUGUCACGCGUCGUCGAGAAGUCAAGAAGCUGAUGAAAGACAAACGAGCCUCUGCCGAGCAACAGGCGCUCUGGGACACCAAACAGAUGGCCUUGAAGCUUACAGCCAACUCCAUGUACGGGUGCCUUGGUUAUACACAAUCCCGAUUCUACGCACGACCGCUAGCCAUGCUCACCACCUUCAAAGGUAGAGAGAUUCUGAGAAGCACCAAGGAGCUCGCAGAAAGCAAUCAACUCCAGGUCAUCUAUGGCGACACCGAUUCCGUUAUGAUCAAUACCAAUGCAGACAAUAUUGCGCAGGCCUUGAGUGUUGGAGUAGAAUUCAAGCGCUCGGUCAACGAGAGAUACAAACUAUUGGAGAUUGAUAUCGACAACAUUUUCCGACGCUUGCUGCUGCAUGCCAAGAAGAAGUAUGCUGCCAUCAACAUGGCCGAGAUAGAUGGCAAGUACGUUGAGAAACUUGAAGUCAAAGGCCUUGACAUGAAGAGAAGAGAAUACUGCGCCUUGUCCAAAGAGGCGUCUCAGAAGCUUCUGAAUGAAAUCCUUUCCGGGGAAGAUUCAGAGGUUGUCCUCGAGAAGAUUCACGAAUAUCUCCGGGAGCUGUCCAGCAAAAUGAGGGAGAACGCCGUUCCCGUGCAAAAAUAUGUCAUCUACACGAAACUUGGCAAGAAUCCAACAGAAUACCCCAACGCAGAUUCGAUGCCUCAGGUGCAGGUUGCUCUUCGCGAGAUCAGUCGAGGCAAGACUGUGCGAGUCAACGAUGUCAUGUCUUACAUUGUAACCAUGGGAGACGAACAGACAAAGGGUCUACCAGCGCCGAAGCGAUCUUACACGCCCCAGGACGUUCAGAAACCAGAUUCUGGUCUGAUCCCCGACGUCGAAUACUAUCUCCACAAGCAGAUCUUCCCGCCGAUUGAAAGGCUGUGCGCACCCAUUCCGGGAACAGAUUCGGUCAGAUUGGCCGAAUGCUUGGGUCUAGACGUUCGCAAAUAUCAGAUCAACACUUCGAACGGGACGGCUCAACGAAGCACCGAGAUUUUCCCUCUCGAAUCGCAAAUCCCUGACAGCGUCCGCUUCCAGGAUGCAGCGAGGCUCAGUUUGAGGUGUAGAGAGUGCAAGCAGGCGACGAUAUUCGAAGGAAUUUGCGAUUCAACCGAUUCAUGCACACCCGAGGGUAUCUUGUGCGGCAAUGCCGAGUGCAGGAAGGUCAUUCCACGAAUGAGGAUUGUCAUGCAACUAGAGUCACAAAUUCGAGCGCAGACGUGUGCCUACUACGAAGGCUGGCUGGUGUGUGACGAUCCAUCCUGCGGCAACCGGACCCGACAGAUGUCAGUCUAUGGGCAUCGGUGUCUGGGACCCAGUGGACGCGCUGAAGGCUGUCUCGGACGGAUGUCGUAUGAAUAUUCGGAGAAGAAGCUGUACAACCAGAUGUUAUAUUUUGCGGCCUUGUUUGAUGUGGAGAAGGCCAAAAACAAGGCGCGAUCCGAGAAGGAAUACGCGGAGAAGAAGGAUCGGAUCAUGGUGCUUGCGGAGACGAACAAAGAGGCAUUUGAGGCGAUCAAGGCUGUCGUGGAUGGGUAUUUGAAGAAAUGUGGGCGACAGUGGGUGGAGAUGGACACGUUGUUCAGCUUCGCACUGAAGUGA